CUUUCCCUUUCUCUUCUGGUAACAUACAUAUAUAAGUAUAUGCUGGAUCGUUUCGUUCAUUCACUAUGGAAUCAUUCGGAGCCGUUGCUGAUGAUCACAGACCAAUUGUUGACUUUGCCAAGGAUAAGAAUGGAAUCGAUCAGAUUCUGCUUCGGAAUUCCAAAGGGGCUUCAGUAAAGAUAAGCUUACAUGGCGCUCAAGUUCUUUCUUGGAAGAAUGAGCGUGGUGAUGAACUUUUGUUCACGAGCUCUAAGACUGUCCUUAAGCCACCGCAUCCAGUACGAGGUGGAAUCCCUAUAUGCUUUCCUCAGUUUGGAACUCGAGGAUCACUCGAGCAACAUGGGUUUGCAAGGAAUAAGAUUUGGGUCGUGGAAAAUGAUCCGCCUCCUCUACCCUCCUUUGAUCCAACGGAGAAAGCCUAUGUUGAUUUGGUUCUUAAGCCAUCCGAUGAAGAUUUGAGGAUUUGGCCUCACAGUUUUGAGUUUCACCUGAGGGUUUCACUGACAUCGGAUGGGAACCUAACGCUGCUAUCUCGAGUCAGAAAUAUUAAUUCCAAGCCUUUUAGCUUUUCCAUCGCAUACCACACAUACUUCUCCAUAUCUGAUAUAAGCGAAGUUCGGAUUGAAGGGCUGGAAACUCUUGACUAUCUUGACAACUUACUCGAAAAGGAGCGGUUUACAGAACAAGGGGAUGCAUUAACCUUCGAAUCUGAGAUAGACAGAGUGUACCUCAGUUCUAAGGACGUGGUAGCAGUCUUUGACCACGAGAGAAAGCGUACUUUCCUCAUCAAGAAAGAAGGGCUACCCGAUAUCGUAGUAUGGAAUCCAUGGGAGAAGAAAGCGAAAACAUUGGGAGAUCUGGGAGACGAGGAGUACAAACAUAUGCUCUGUGUUGAUGGUGCUGCCAUUGAGAAGCCCAUCACCUUGAAACCGGGCGAAGAAUGGACCGGUUUAUUGGAUCUCUCUGUUGUUCCUUCGACCUGAUAACCGGAACCGGUUCAACCGCCCCGGUUCAUUUCUCUCUCAUGUUUUUUUUUUGUAGAAAAAAAGGGGACCCGACGAUUUGGAAUGUCACCGGGUUUUUUUUAGCAAGUGACCAGAUCGUUUCUUAUUCUAUGGGUCUGUCUUUGUGCUGAGAGUGGUUGUAAUUGUAAAACCAAAACCUUUUUAUUAUUAUUAUUAUUAUUAUGUAAAAUUUGUAUAUGAAGAUUUGUUAUCUAUA